AUGAUAUUUGCUGUGAAGAAGAUCAGUGAAGACCUCCAGUUCUUACCUAACAUCACCUUGGGCUUCAGAAUCUAUGAUAGUUAUGGUGGGGCACAGACAUAUCAUGCCACAAUGAAACUUUUCUCCAGUAAGAACAGAUUCAUUCCCAACUAUAACUGUGGCAUCCUGAACAAACUCAUAUCAGUUGUUGGGGCUAUUGAGCCUGCAAUCUCUUUUGACAUGGCAGAUAUUUUAGGCACUUACAAAAUUCCACAGUUCCUAUAUGGCCCUACUCCAAGUAUGAAUGGUAGAACUGAAAUCCCUUUCUACUACUGCAUGGUUCCAGAUGAAGUCGUCCAAUUCAGGGGAAUUCUUCAACUACUUUUGCACUUCAGGUGGAUUUGGGUUGGGAUACUAGUGAAAGGACACGGUGGACCAAAUUUUGAGCAAUUGAUCUUUUCAGAGUUUUCUCUCCAUGGCAUCUGUAUUGCCUUCUUGGAACAACUCAGGCCAAUUUAUAUCGAUAGCAUUUCUGAUGGCCUGAAAUGGCUUGUGGAAACAUUCCAUGUUUUUAUUAACAGCAAAGCUAAUGCUGUGAUAAUCAAUGAUAACUAUGUUCUACAUUUGAGAUGGUUGUUACAUCUACCUGAAAUGGAAGUAGUAUCUAUAAAGCCUAAAGGGAAGGUGUGGAUUGUGGCCAACCAAAUGGGCCUUGCCUCAUUCUUUUAUCAAAGCAGCUGGGAUAUCCAAGUGCUCCAAGGUGCUUUGACCUUUGUAGCUUACACAAAUGAAGUUGAAGGAUUCCAGCAUUUUCUUGAGACAAGAAACCAUUUCUCAUUCCUUCACCAAGAUGGUUUCAUGAAAGAUGUGUGGGAGCAAGCAUUUGGCUGUGUGGCUCCAAAUUGGAUUGUGAGCGAGAAAACUGAGGACGUCUGCACUGGAAAGGAGAAACUGGAGAGCCUUCCUGGGGCCUUUUUUGAAGUGAGCAUGACCAGUCAGAGUUACAGUAUAUACAAUGCAGUGAAUGCUGUGGCACAUGCUUUACAUGCCAUACAAUUGGGCCAACGACGACAUAGGAGAAUAUUGAGUGGCAGGAAAGUGAAUCUCCAGGAUCCACAGCCAUGGCAGUCGCUGCUCAUGACAUCUUUGGACAGAGAGCUUCACUUCUAUUUGCAAAGAAUUGCAUUUAACAACAGUGUUGGGGAUGAAAUUUCCUUUGACCAGAAUGGAAAACUGGUUACAGGACUGGAUAUGGAGAACUGGGUCACAUUCCCAAACCAAUCCUUCCAUCGAGUGAAAGUUGGGAAGCUGGAUCCCUGGGCUGCUGAAGACCAAAAGUUCACCAUUCAUGAGGAAGCUAUCACCUGGCCCAGCACUUUCAACCAAACCCUACCUAUUUCGGUGUGUACAAAGAGCUGCCUCCCUGGUUAUUUCAGGAGAAAGCAGGAGGGGAAGCCGUUUUGUUGCUAUGAUUGCCUUCCAUGUCCGAAAGGGAAAAUGUCAAGCCAGAAGGACAUGCAGGUUUGUUCUGAAUGUCCAGAAGACCAAUAUCCAAAUAAGGACCAAGAUUCAUGUCUUCCCAAGAAAAUAUCUUCCUUGUCCUAUAAAGAACCAAUGGGAAUAAGUCUAGUCAUUCUGGCACUUUUCUUUUCUCUCUGCACAAUUGUGAUGCUGGCAACAUUUUUGAAGUAUCACCACACUCCCAUCAUCAAGGCCAAUAACAGAAAUCUCACCUACGUUCUACUCAUCUCUCUCCUUCUCUGCUUCCUUUGCUCACUGCUGUUCCUCGUUGCACCAGGUGUUAUAAUAUGCCUCCUUCGACAAAUUAGCUUUGGCAUCAUCUUCUCUGUGGCUGUGUCUUCUGUGCUGGCAAAAACCAUCACUGUGGUUCUGGCUUUCAUGCCCACCAAGCCGGGAUCCAGAAUGAGGAAAUGGGUGGGAAGACGACUGACAACCUCCAUUGUUCUCUCUUGUUCUCUGAUUCAAGCAGCCAUCUGCNNAGUGUGGCUCUUCACAUUUCCACCAUUCCCUGAUAUUGACACCCAUUCAGAAAUUGAGGAAAUGAUACUGCAGUGCAAUGAAGGCUCAGCUACCAUGUUCUAUUGUGUUCUGGGCUACUUGGGCUUUCUGGCAGUUUGCAGUUUUUCUGUAGCAUUUUUCUCCAGGAAGCUCCCCAGCAGUUUCAACGAAGCCAAAUGUCUCACUUUCAGCAUGCUGAUCUUCUGCAGUGUGUGGCUUUCCUUUGUUCCAUCCUACCUGAGCACCAAAGGGAAAUACAUGGUGGCUGUGGAGGUUUUCUCCAUUUUGGCCUCUAGUGCUGGGUUGCUAGGCUGCAUAUAUUUCCCCAAAUGUUACAUAAUCAUUUUUAGGCCUGAGUUGAACAACAGGGAACAACUAAUAAAGAAAAAGAAUUAA